AUGGCUUUGUCGUCUGUGCCGGCCGGCUACGUGCUGUGGGCCGUCGUAGCCCUCGUCGGGGUCGGGGUCGUUUAUGAGCUGCUCUUGUCUCCGCUGCGGCAGUUUCCCGGACCGCUGCUCGCAAGGUUCACCGACUUCUACCGUGCCGGGCUCACGCUGACCGGCCGGCUCGAUCACUGGAAGCGCGCCUGGCACCGAAGAUGGGGCCCGGCGGUGCGUGUCGGGCCCAAUGCCAUCAGCCUCGGUGACCCGGACCUCAUCAGGGUCAUCUACACCACCAAGAAUGCCUGGCUCAAGACGGACAUGUACCGGCCGAACGACCUCCUGGUCGAUGGCAAGCGCAUCCAAAACAUCUUCAACACGCCGGACAAGGCGUUCCACGCCAAGUACACGAAGCCCAUCGUCGGCUUCUGGAGCCAGACCAGGAUCCUCGAGUUCGAGCCGCUCAUGGAUGAGACGCUGCGAUUCCUGGUCGACACCCUGGGCAAGCGCUUCGCCGACACGGGCGCAGUCUGCCCCAUGGACGACUGGGUGACGUACUUCUCGUGGGACACGGCCGCCAACGUCAGCUUCGGGCAGCCCUACGGCUUCAUGCAGGAGGGCCGGGAUGUCGGCGGCAUGAUCGCCGAGUCGACGGCGGGGCUCAAGUACUUCGCGCCCGUGUCUCAGAUCCCCUGGAUCGACGAGUGGCUCGACAAGAACCCCGUGUGGCGCAUCGGGCCGCGUCCGCUCGUCAACGGCUUCGUCUACACAGUCAAGAUCCUCGAGGAGUACCGCCAGCAGCUGGCCGCGGGGACGGCCAAGAAGAAAUCCGUCGACCUGAUCAUCGACAAGUACAACAGCCUCAAGGGCACCGUCGACUUUGUGGAUGACGCGCAGGUCCUCAACUGGCUCAUGCUCAACGUCCUGGCCGGCGGCGACUCCACCGCGGGCGCCAUGUUCUCUGUUGUGUACCACCUCGGCCGCAACCCAGACGCGCAGGCCAAGCUCGUCGCGGAGCUCGACGCCGCCCACGUCGCGGUGCCGGCGCAGUUCAAGGACAUUAAGAACCUCCCCUACCUGGACGCCGUCAUGUACGAAUCGCAGCGCAUCAGCCCGGCGGUGGGGCUCAUGUUGGAGCGCGAGGUGCCCGCGGGCGGGCUACGGCUCGCCGACGGACGGUACAUCCCCGCGGGGACCAAGGUGGGCAUCAAUCCAUGCGUGGUGACGCGCGAUCGGGGCCUGUACGGCGAUGACGUCGACGCCUUCCGACCGGAGCGGUGGCUGCGGCGCACGGGGGAGACGGACGACGACUACGCGCACCGGCACCGCCGCAUGGCCGAGGCCGCUGACCUGAUGUUCGGCGCCGGCAACCGCGUGUGCAUGGGGAAGCAUUUCGCCAAGACGGAGAUGUACAAGCUGUUUGCGACGCUGUACCGCGUCUUUGAUAUCAAGCUCGCAAAGCCGGACCACGAGUGGAAGCAUUUCAAUGCGUGGUUCAUGUUCCACAAGGACAUCCCCAUGAUCAUCAAGCGCCGCGACAAGGCCUUGUGA